AUGCCCCCACUCCCUCCCUCCAGCAUAUACCUAUCCCCAUGCCCAUACCUAUACCCGCCCCUUACUAAUACCCAUAUCCACACUAAAUACUCUUUCCAAUACCUCCAUCCAUGGUCAUACCCACUCACAUACAUACACCCCUACCCAUACCCACUCAUACCCAGUCCCAUACAUACACCCCUACCCAUACCCACACCUAUACCAUUACCCAUACCUAUACCCAUACAUACACCUCUACCCAUACCCAACAUACCUACAUCCAUAUACCCUACCAUAACCACACUCAUACCGACCAUACAACACCCUACCCAUACCAAGCCCACACCCCAUAUAUACCUACCUACACCUCAUACCCAUACCAAUACCCAUACCCAUAACCCUUCCUCCUUACCGACACCUGUGCCCGCAAUUCUUUACCUGGUCACUCGCACGCGUGCUUCCUUCCAUGCCGUGUCCUUAGUUCCCCACCCACACAGAGGCGACCUGCAGCGCGGAGCUAGAGCGCCCAGAGAGGACAUCCCCUCGCGAGCGCCAGAUGUGCUUGUACAAUCCACAUUUCCUGUGCAUGGAAUGUACCUAAUCUCCGGGCAAAGCGUCAGAAGCGGCGAAGGAAGAGCCGAAUCUCAGAAUUUAAUGCCAAGAGCCAAGACAAGCCAGCAGCCCCAUAACUCGAGGCGAGGUCGUCCAGGGGUCAUCCCCAACGAAAGGCCUAAAAGACUCGAGAAUGUAGCCCGGGCGACGAAGGUCGAGGGAGAUAUAUGGCCAGAGGAGGCAGCGCCCAUUAGCAUCGCGGUCCGAAGUGGCGCCUCCUGA